AGUUCUUCAUCUCAAGAGAUCAAACCACAACACAAGCUUCUUUACUUUGCUAAUUGAGAUUCUUAUCUAGCUAGAAAUCACAGAAAUUGAUUCAGCAGAAAUGAGAUUCAUAGGGUUGAUUACAAUCUUGCUCUUCUUAGGAAUUGCAACUGAGUUGGGCUCUUGCAAACUUGUACAGUUCAUCUUCGGCGAUUCCCUUUCCGACGUCGGUAACAACAAACACCUCUCUAGGAGUUUAGCAACAGCCAAUCUGCCCUGGUAUGGAAUCGAUUUCGGAAAUGGACUGCCAAAUGGGAGGUUUACUAAUGGCCGAACUGUGGCUGACAUUAUUGGUGAUAAAACAGGUCUCCCAAGACCACCUGCAUUCUUGGAUCCAUCCUUGGAUGAGGAUAUGAUACUAUCAAAUGGAGUUAAUUAUGCCUCUGGAGGUGCUGGAAUCUUGAAUGAAACUGGUACCCUCUUUAUACAAAUGCUUCCAUUCUUUAAGCAAAUUGAGUUGUUUCAAGGAACACAAGAGCUAAUAAGGAAUAAAAUUGGUGCAACAGAGGCCCAGAAGUUCUUCGAAGGAUCUCGUUAUGUGAUUGCCAUAGGAAGCAAUGAUUUCAUUAACAACUAUUUGAUGCCAACUUACAGAGAUUCAUGGACAUAUACUGAUGAUGGUUUCAUCAACUACUUGAUGACAACACUAGAUCAACAACUUAAGCUAUUGCACAGCUUAGGUGCUCGACAAUUAAUAGUAUUUGGGCUAGCACCAAUGGGUUGUAUCCCUCUACAACGUGUUCUAAGCUUAACUGGGAAUUGCCAGGUCAAAACUAAUAAUCUAGCUAUCAAAUUCAACACUGCUGCAACAAAGCUUAUAGAGAACUUAUCAGGAAACCUUCCAAAUGCAACUUUCAAAUUUGGGAAUGCUUAUGAUGUAGUUGCAGAAGUAAUUAACAAUCCUCAAAAAUUUGGUUUCAAUAAUUCAGACUCUCCAUGUUGCUCAUUUGGAAGGAUUAGACCUGCUCUGACUUGUAUCCCUGCAUCAACAUUGUGUCCUGAUCGAAGCAAAUAUGUGUUUUGGGAUGAGUAUCACCCUUCAGAUAGAGCAAAUGAGAUGAUGGCUGAUGAGAUCAUAAGUAAACUUGGCUUCUUGGGUCCUUCAAAAGCACCAACUGCUUCUCCUGCUCAUGCUCCUGCUCCUGCUCAUGCUCAUGCUCAUGCUCCUGCUCCUGCUCAUGCUCAUGCUCAUGCUCCUGCUCCUGCCCAUGCUCAUGCUCAUGCUCAUGCUCCUGCCCCCCACUAAUGAAUAGAUAUCAUUGUGUGGCAGCAUUAUAAGCUG